AGGGUGAUAAGCAAUCAUGUCAGCCAAAGAAGUCGCAAUGGAAAGUGAAGAAGAGGAAGAAGAAGUCGAUGAAUUGGCAUCAGAAGAACCUUCUGAGUUGGGAUCACAGGAUGAGGAAGAAGUAGAAGAGGAAGAUGAGGAUGAAGAAAUGGAGGAUGAUUUCGACGAUGAUGACGAAGACUCCAAGAAACCAGCUGCGAGAAGAGGCCGUCCACCUGGAUCGACAAACAAGCGGGCGAAAGGGAAGACAGGCCAGAAGAGUAGAAUAUCAGGACGUACAUCUACCCGUACACGUCAGAGGUCGCGUUCUGAGGAAAUUGACGAAAUCAGCAGUGGUAAUGAGGAGUUGGCAGACGAGGAUGAUUCAACAUCGGCAUCAACGUCAAAGAAGGACAAGGAAGAGCAGCGUCUGACUGCCAGACAGCGAGCAGCCCUCAAUGAUGGUUCAAGUGAAACUCCUGAACUUAUGUCUUUAGACAUUGGCAGACAGCACAAAAUCAUACUCACAGAGGAGGAACAAGCUCUUAAGAGGGCUGAGCUGCUAAGAAGGAGAAGACAUCAAUCGGAUCAACGUUUGGAGAAUGAAAAGACGGAGACGAUCAACAGGUUACUCACGAAAACUGCUUCUAAACGUCGUGGCAGGAAGGAGAAAGAGAAGGAAGAUGAUGACGAUGAGAAUGCCUCAACUCAACCACUAUCAGAGGAGAAACCAGAAGUUUUGCUUGCAUACAGAUGGGUGAGCAAUAAAAGUGGCACAACGUUUAGUGUAUUAUAGUAAUUUAUCCAUUUUACAGCAACUUGACUAACAUUUUCAUUUGAUCGACAGCAACGCCAAUUCCAUCAAUAACAUCCACACGUUGAUUUGUUUUUUCCUGAAGUUGUUGCUUGAUGUGGGCAGACUUUCCAGCCAUACCCGCACACCCAAGUAUGAUGGUACGUGCUCCCCUGUCUACUAAUUCUUGAGCACACUGGAUCAACUUGGCGUUGACAGAUUCCUCGUUCGCCGUGCGUAACUCAACUACUGCAAAAUCGCUACAUGUUGUGCCCACAUAACGUUCACUUGAGCUCGCGCCGAUCGUGUCCCUCACGGCAUUCUCAAAUUCAUCUAUCCAGUGCGUAGAUGUAGUAACAAAGCCAAAUUUCUUCGCUGGUGACAAUAGAGCAGCUGUAAUAGAAGCUUCCAAUACGCCUAUAAUCUGCUUAAAUCUAUACUUCUCUUUUAACAUCGGUAUAAGUGGAUGUUGACUAAAACAAGCGACGAUAACACCGUCAUAAUUAGUGUAAUCUCUUUUGUAACAUUCAAUAGCUGAUUGUACACCGGUGGCUGUAUCAUUUAUACUAUUAGGUGCUCCUUCUGGUGCUGAUUCCGUCGUUAUUGUGGCUUCCUCGUUAUUGGCGCUUGCGACUACAUUUCUCAAACCCCCUGUUACUUCCUUUGAGGAAUUUGGAUUCAAAAGUAGAAUAUUUCUCAUUGUUGAAUGUACGAAAAUGAAAGAUAUCAGUUAUUUCAGAAAUACGUCAGAGAUGGGAGCCCGCUUUGCCGACUGAGUUUCUAUAGAUAAGCCAAUUGUAUUCCUUAUACUUUAUUGAAAAGUUUGAUAGGUGUUGCCUAGAAUGUUCGUCUACCGCUGUUGUGAUGUUACGUCGAUUUGCAACUCCACUAUCGACGGGGAUUUACAGAACUAGAAUACCUUUAAUAAGAACUAUCAAGAGUACUUCAUAUACUAUGGUAUCAGAAUCUGAGUGGCAAGCCAAACUCUCACCAGAACAAUUCCGUGUAUUAAGACAAAAAGGCACAGAAAGGGCUUUCACUGGUACGAUUAUCGUACUGCAUCAGUUAUGACGACGUUGAUAAGGUCACGCAGGUGAAUAUGACAAUCACUUUGAUAAAGGUGUAUACACCUGUGCGGGAUGUAACACACCACUGUAUAAAUCCGAGUGAGUGGAUGAUAUAAAUGAGACUUUGAAAGCUCAUACCGAUAGACACAAAAUGGUUAGCCAUUGUGGAUGGCCUGCUUACUUCACUGCUCUACCAGGAAAGAUUAAUAGGCAUGUUGAUAACUCAUUUGGGAUGAAGAGGAUCGAAAUUACUUGUGCUAACUGCGAUGGCCAUCUCGGACACGUUUUUGAGGGUGAAGGAUAUAAAAAUAUGGCUGGUGAGAAGGUAAAUGACCGUCACUGCGUGAACAGCGUUAGCCUGAAAUUCCUACCAGAAGACAAGUAAAUGCGCAUAAUGAAAUUUUUCAUGAAUAAUUCUUAACUUUUACAAUACAUCUACUCUUGCAUGCGUCCUGACUCAGCCUGCGUUCUACCAAAUUCAUUAGCUUCAUCGUAGAGUUGGGCAGGUACAUGAGCGUGCUUAUAUUGCGAAUCCUUACCAACCCAACUGAUUUCUAACUCAAAUCCUUUGUCUUUUGUUGGAUCAUGAAUUAAGUGAAUAAUUCUAGCUGCUUCAAAUACAGCUUGAUGCAUUGAUAAUUCAUCGAAAUUCAAUUUCUCUAAUUCAGUUUGGGCUAAUUGCUUUCCUUUACCAACUGCAGUUGCUUGGUAUCCCCAAUACAAACCAGAAGGUUCGAUAGCGUAUAAUUGUGGACCAUUCUUAUCAUAUGAAGAAAUAAGUGUGGAUAUACCGAAUGGUCUUACUGAUGAGUAUAGAGUGUAAGCGUUUAAGUAAGAUCCCAAUCUAUCUGAGAGUUGCUUCAAUGGAAUUGGUGACAUGUAAUUAUCACGGUAAUUCUUGCAUUCUUCUCUAGCUCUAGUUUGAAGGUGCUUUCCAUCUGCACGUAAUCCAGCUGAUGCCUAUAUAACUAAAUUGAAUGUACUACGAGGGUAUAUAAUAACCUACCAAUCCAAUGUGCAUAUCAGCUGUUAAAAUACGCUUUGCUGUACCCGGUACUAGGAGUUUUGAGUCCAAUAACUUCUGAGCAGCGAGGAUAACGCCAUCUUUUACUCUUAUACCAAUAACGGUGCUGAUAGUUUAUUAGAUGGAUUAUAUAAUAGUAAUAAACUAACCCUGCGUUCUCGACUGCCUUAUUUGCGUACUCAAUCUGAGGACAACGUCAGCGCUGAAUAUAUGGCAAUAUAA